GCCCGGAAACGCGGCGCGGGCCUGAGGUGCGCGCGCGCGUGCGCGGGAGGAGACGGGGCGCCGGGGGCCGGACUUCAGGGAAGGGGGCGCGGCGCACGCAGCAUGGCGUCCAAUAUCUACUUGGUUCGCCAGCGGAUCAGCCGGCUCGGCCAGAGGAUGUCCGCCUUCCAGAUCAACCUCAACCCGCUCAAGGAGCCUCUCGGCUUCAUCAAGGUCCUCGAGUGGAUUGCUUCCAUCUUUGCUUUUGCUACCUGUGGAGGGUUUAAGGGCAAAACAGAAAUUCUAGUGCAUUGUCCUCCUUCCAAUGACAGUAAAACUAUUACAGCUACUUUUGGUUAUCCAUUCAGGUUGAAUGAGGCAUCAUUUGAGUCACCUCCACAUGUAAAUGUGUGUGAUGUAACUUGGAAAGAUCAUGUCCUCAUAGGCGAUUACUCUUCUUCUGCACAAUUCUAUGUUACAUUUGCAGUCUGUGUGUUCCUGUACUGCAUUGCUGCCCUUCUACUUUAUGUUGGUUACACGAACUUAUAUCGGGAUAGUCGUAAACUUCCCAUGGUUGACUUUGUUGUUACACUUGUUGUCACUUUUUUGUGGUUGGUGAGCACUUCGGCCUGGGCUAAAGCUCUUACAGAUAUUAAAAUAGCUACUGGUCCCAGUAUCGUUCAGGAACUUGCGCCUUGUAAGAAGACAGGAGUGAUGUGUUAUUUUGGCUCUGUGACCAGUAUGGGAUCCCUAAAUGUAUCGGUGAUCUUUGGCUUUCUGAAUAUGAUACUUUGGGGAGGAAAUGCUUGGUUUGUGUACAAGGAGACCAGCCUACACAGUCCAUCAAAUACUUCUGUCCCCCAUAGCCAAGGAGGUAUUCCACCUCCUGCUGGAAUGUAAUUAAAGGGAGAAAUACACUGUAUGAAAUAUAUGUCAAUACUAUGACAUGUUACCAACAUCUUGAGAAGCAUUAUUUGUUUCUAAUAAAAAGUAAUGGCUUUUUCAAUAAA